CAGCCCCCCUCCCCGGAACCGGCGGCCGCCGCUCGGCGGAGCUGUGGAACGGCGCCGUCCCCGCGGAGGCGCCGGCAUGAGCGUCCCCCGCCGCCCCGCGUCCCCGACCCGGCCUUUCUGACUAGAGGUGUGAGAGGAGGCACAAUCAUGGUGCAGAAGUACCAGUCACCAGUGCGGGUGUAUAAACACCCCUUCGAAUUAAUUAUGGCUGCCUAUGAGAGGAGGUUCCCUACCUGUCCUUUGAUCCCAAUGUUCGUGGACAGUGACACUGUGAGUGAAUUCAAAAGUGAAGAUGGGGCUAUUCACGUCAUUGAGAGGCGCUGCAAGCUGGACAUAGAUGCCCCCAGGCUACUGAAGAAGAUCGCAGGAGUCGAUUAUGUCUAUUUUGUCCAGAAAAACUCCCUGAAUUCUCGGGAACGUACUUUGCACAUUGAGGCCCACAAUGAAACAUUUUCUAACCGGGUCAUCAUUAAUGAGCACUGCUGCUACACGGUUCACCCCGAGAAUGAAGACUGGACUUGUUUUGAGCAGUCUGCAAGUUUAGAUAUUAAAUCCUUUUUUGGUUUUGAAAGUACAGUGGAAAAAAUCGCAAUGAAACAGUAUACCAGCAACAUUAAGAAAGGGAAAGAAAUCAUCGAAUACUACCUUCGUCAGCUAGAAGAUGAAGGUAUCACGCAUGUCCCUCGCUGGACGCCACCUUCCCUCGGGCCUUCCAAAGAGACGCUGUCAUUGAGCAAGAAUCUAGCAGUGUCCACGACUGUCAUUGUCCCAGAUGCUACCCUCGAGGGCCUGGGUGGCGAGGCCCUCAGUAACCCAACUGGGGCGCCCGAGCCUGUGGUGGGGACACCUGACGAUAAACUGGAUGCGGACUACAUCAAGAGAUACCUGGGUGAUCUGACUCCACUCCAGGAAAGCUGCCUCAUCAGACUCCGCCAGUGGCUCCAGGAGACCCACAAGGGCAAGAUCCCUAAGGAUGAGCAUAUUCUUCGGUUCCUACGUGCUCGAGAUUUUAAUAUCGACAAAGCCAGAGAGAUCAUGUGCCAGUCCCUAACGUGGCGGAAGCAGCAUCAGGUAGACUACAUCCUAGACACCUGGACCCCACCCCAGGUCCUUCAGGACUACUACGCGGGAGGCUGGCACCACCAUGACAAAGACGGGCGGCCUCUCUAUGUUCUCAGGCUGGGGCAGAUGGACACCAAAGGCUUGGUGCGAGCCCUCGGAGAGGAAGCCCUGCUGCGAUACGUUCUCUCCAUAAACGAAGAAGGUCUGAGGCGAUGUGAAGAAAAUACCAAAGUCUUUGGACGACCUAUCAGCUCGUGGACCUGCCUGGUGGACCUGGAAGGGCUGAACAUGCGCCACCUGUGGAGGCCAGGGGUCAAAGCCCUGCUGCGGAUCAUCGAGGUGGUAGAGGCCAACUACCCCGAGACGCUGGGCCGCCUCCUCAUCCUCCGCGCCCCCAGGGUCUUCCCAGUCCUCUGGACACUGGUUAGUCCGUUCAUAGAUGACAACACCCGAAGGAAAUUCCUCAUUUAUGCGGGCAAUGACUACCAGGGUCCUGGAGGCCUGCUGGAUUACAUCGAUAAAGAGAUCAUUCCAGACUUCCUGAGUGGGGAGUGCAUGUGUGAAGUGCCAGAGGGUGGACUGGUCCCCAAGUCUCUGUACAGGACCGCAGAGGAGCUGGAGAACGAGGACCUGAAGCUCUGGACGGAGACCAUCUACCAGUCUGCAAGCGUGUUCAAAGGAGCCCCACACGAGAUCCUCAUUCAGAUUGUGGAUGCCUCCUCAGUGAUCACUUGGGAUUUUGACGUAUGCAAAGGGGACAUUGUCUUUAAUAUCUAUCACUCCAAGAGGGCGCCACAGCCUCCCAAAAAGGAUUCCCUGGGGGCCCACAGCAUCACUUCUCCAGGCGGGAACAACGUGCAGCUCAUAGACAAAGUCUGGCAACUGGGCCGAGACUACAGCAUGGUGGAGUCGCCUCUGAUCUGCAAAGAAGGAGAAAGCGUGCAGGGCUCCCAUGUGACCAGGUGGCCGGGCUUCUACAUCCUGCAGUGGCGGUUCCAUGGCACGCCGGCCUGCGCCGCCACCAACCUGCCCCGGGUGGAUGACGUGCUGGCCUCUCUGCAGGUCUCCUCUCACAAGUGCAAAGUCAUGUACUACACGGAGGUCAUCGGCUCCGAGGACUUCAGAGGCUCAAUGACCAGUCUGGAGUCCAGCCACAGCGGGUUCUCCCAGCUGAGCGCCGCCACCACCUCCUCCAGCCAGUCGCACUCCAGCUCCAUGAUUUCCAGAUGGCGAUUUUGCUGACAACUUCCAAGAAAAUGCUCCACUCCACAUGUGCCCAGAGAUGUUUCUAGAACUAUGUGAAUUGCAGCCAUGUCCCCACCCCCAGACUGAAGAUCUGUCCUUUUUAAGUUGAUUCCGAAGUGGCACUGUUCUAGUCCCAAAGAGCUGGGCCCGUCUGAGAGUUGAAAGCACUUGACUGCUAUUUAUGGCCUCCAGGGUUCUCCCGAGUGCUGCCCGCCCCCCCCC